AUGGGCGAGCUCUUUGAAGCGCACAAUUAUCUCAGGGACCUGGUUCCGGAGAAGGGCUUCAAGUUCCUCGAUUUGGGCUGCGCUCCUGGAGGUUUCAGCUCCUACCUCCUGGAGGACCCAAGGUGUCGCAUGGGCUUUGGCGUUACUCUCCCGUCGACUGUGGGAGGGUUUCCAAUGCGUCUGCGGUCGCCCAACUUCCUGCUGCAACAAGGAGACCUGUUUGAGCUCGGGCCGGCGGACCUUGUCGCCAAGGAAGUUCACAUCUGCAUUUGUGAUGCGCAGUACAUGCGCAAUGAGGUUGCCUGGGAUGAGAGGUACACAGGGGUGCGUUGCCGAAGUAAGCAGCACGGCGUUUGGGCACUGCUAGUCAAGCAGUUCUGGCUUGGUCUGACAAGGCUUCUUGCCGGCGGCAUGCUGAUUUUCCGCUUCGGCUGGAGAGAUGGACCUCCCGAGGAUCUGGCCACGGUUUGGUACAAAAAGUGCACCUUGAGACUGUUCGCUUUACUUCACGACCUGUUUAAACAGGUCAAAGAUGUGAAGUCCGACUACUUCAACGCUCUCCAGAGCUCCUUCUACGUCUGCUGCUCGGGUUUCGACAGGAGACGCUUCGAAGAGCGCGAGGUUGCAAAGUUACUCGGCAACAACUUCAACUACCUCGUCACGACGAGGAUCGGCGAUGCAAACCAGCUGGAGAUACUGCAGCAGGUCGACAGCAUUCGCACGAAGGAGGUGGACGACAGCAUCACCAGUAUGCUGGACCGGAUAGAGAAGCUCCGGAUCAUCAAUGAACAAAGUCGUCGAUGGCACCAGCGGCUCGAAGAUAGGGCGGACGACCCCAGGGCCGUGGUUAUGGUUUCACCAGUGUCGGAGGCAUUGAAGGAAGAGGACCUGGCCGCCAUUUUUUCAGUGUACGGACGAGUCAAGCGCGUUGACAUCGAAAGGGCAGAACAGAAGGCAAUGGUCCAGUUUGCGCUUGCAGAACAUGCAACAGCUGCAGCGGCUACUUUGCCAGGGACGCAAGCGUUUGCGCCGGGAAUGAGGAUAUGGCAGGGAGAGGACGUGCAUGGCUGGUCCUACACAGAUGCCGCCGAUGCCUGGGGCCACGUGCAGGUCCCUUGGGAGUGGCAUGCAGCUCAUGCAGAGGUGGGGAUGACCUCGGCGCCGGACAGCUUCCACGGUUCAGGAUACUCGCCUCACUCGCAGCAUGGCAGCUUCGACGGUGAUGCGUGGGUUGCAUCUCCCCACUCCCGGCCUUGUGGCGGUUUCUGA